CUCCUAGCUCUGCAGAGACAGCUAGAGAGUUGGGUGAAAAUGAGUUCCAUGAAGACAUUUGCAUUGUGUGUUUUCUUCACAUGGGCUAGCUUUUGUAUGAGUGAGAGAGUGGAACUUAACAUAAGAAGUGUUACAUCUGUAGCAAAAACUGAUGAAGAUUUUAUCUGUGCAACUAUUGAUUUAUGGCCUUCAACCAAGUGUGAUUACAAUCAGUGUCCAUGGCCUAAAGUUGGCCUUCUUGAGUUGGAUUUGAAGAAUAAGGUUUUUGCUAAUGCCAUCAAAGCAUUCGACCCCUUGAGAAUAAGAAUUGGAGGGUCACUGGAAGAUCAGACUGUUUACAAGAUUGGAUUGGUCACCAAAUGUCCGCAUUUCAAAAACAAGAUGAAUGUGAGACGUUUUGGAUUUUCCAACGGUUGCAUCACCAUGGAAAGAUGGGAUGAGCUCAACCACUUGUUCAACGAAACUGGGGCUAAAGUGACGUUCAGUCUGAAUGCUCUUCGUGGAAGGAAAUUAGAAAAGAAGAACAGCACACUUUGGGUAGGUGAUUGGAACAAAAUAAAUGCCCAGGAAUUCAUGAAGUACACCAUCUCCAAAGGUUACAAGAUUGAUUCGUAUGAACUUGGAAAUGAGCUAUCUGCAUCUGGGGUUUCUGCAAAGGUUAAGGCUCGACAAUAUGGAAAAGACAUGAUUGUUCUUAGCAACCUUGUAAAAAGGCUGUAUGCCAACUCUUCUUAUCAGCCAAAGCUAUUGGGUCCUGCUGGCUUCUACGAUCAGGACUGGUUCAAUGAAUUCCUCCAGGUUUCGGGACCAGGAAUUGUUCAUGGUUUAACUCACCAUAUCUACAAUCUUGGUCCAGGUGUUGAUGCAAACCUUAUAAAUAAAGUUCAAGACCCCUAUUUCCUAGACGAAAUAGCACAAACAUUCAAAGAUGUUUCGGAAUCAGUUAAGCUAUAUGGGCCAUGGAGUGGCGCAUGGGUUGGGGAAUCUGGAGGUGCUUACAAUAGCGGUGGCAAACAUGUCUCCAAUACCUUUGCUAAUGGUUUUUGGUAUUUGGAUCAGCUGGGAAUGUCCUCCACUUUCGAUCAUAAGGUGUACUGCAGACAAGCUUUGAUCGGAGGAAACUAUGGUCUUCUUAAUACAACUACAUUUGCCCCUAACCCCGAUUACUAUGGCGCGUUGUUGUGGCAUCGCCUCAUGGGAACUAGAGUUCUUCAAGUUAGUCAUGAUGGAUCUCCUUAUCUACGUUCAUACGCGCAUUGUUCCAAACAUUCUAAAAGAGGUGACAUAACGGUGCUUCUGAUAAAUAUGUCAAACUCUACCACUUUUAUAGUAAAUACUAGGAAUGAUCUAAAUCUUUACCCAAGUGAACGUACCGUGAGGCUCCCACCAAGAGAAGAGUACCAUCUGACACCAGAAGACGGCAACAUUCAAAGCGAAGUAGUGUUAUUGAACGAUACACCAUUGAAGCUUACAAAGUCGAUGGAUAUCCCAAAUCUGAACCCAGCAUUUGCUUCUCCACUUGAUCCUAUCAAAGUUGCACCUGAUUCUUUUGUCUUUGCAGUCCUAAGAGGUUUUGACGCUCCUGCUUGUUCUUCUUCAUAAGUAGCAGAAGAGACUGCGGUUUUCAUAUGAUUAGUAUAGGAAGACUUCAGCAGAGUAAUUACGUUAUAGGUUAUAGUCAUUUGCAUUUACAAUUUUGCCAGUUUACUUUAAGCAUGGUCUGUCCAGGUUUGGAUAAGUCUGAGGUUUACAUGAACAAUUUUACGGUAUCCUGUUAUCAAUGGUUUAGGAAUAUAUGUAACUUAGCUACA